UUCCGGGACACGUCAACAAAGUCGCUGCUCAGACGGAUCUCAGCGUCAGCAGCCUUCUUUAAGAGACGGGGAAUCUUCUACAAAGAUGGAGACAUUAUACAGUAUACCGUUUGCUGUGCUGGAAUGUCCAAAUAUAAAACUGAAGAAACCGUCAUGGCUGCACAUGCCCUCGGCUAUGACUGUGUACGCGAUCGUUAUUGUGUCCUACUUUCUCAUCACGGGAGGUAUCAUCUACGAUGUGAUUGUAGAGCCACCAAGUGUGGGUUCAAUGACUGAUGAGCAUGGACACCAGCGGCCAGUGGCCUUUUUGGCAUACAGAGUAAAUGGGCAGUACAUUAUGGAGGGACUGGCCUCCAGUUUCCUCUUCACAAUGGGAGGCCUGGGCUUUAUAAUCCUGGACCGCUCCAACGCACCAAACAUUCCCAAACUCAACCGCUUCCUGUUGCUUUUCAUCGGAUUUGUCAGCGUCCUCCUUAGCUUCUUCAUGGCCAGAGUGUUCAUGCGCAUGAAGCUGCCAGGAUACCUCAUGGGCUAAAGACAAAAAGAGCCCACUGGAGAUGGAGAGAAGACGUAUGGGCCCCAAUGGGCAGUUCAACUAAAAUUUGAGCUUUGAUAUAAUCGACAACCAAUCAGGACGGCAAGCACUGACCAGCAGCACUGACAGUCUCUCACUGGCUGUGUCUCAAUGGGGUUUUCAGUGACUUCCUUUCCUCUCCUAUUCUCCAAAUUUCCUUACAAACUGAUGCAGAAGAGGAACACAUUUCCACAUAGAUCGCUGUUAAAGGCACAACAUUAUCACUAGUUUUCUCCUGUUUUAUUUCAUAAAACAACUACAGCAUCCAGCUCCCUCUCAGUAUAAUGCAUCUGUAGCAAACUAGUAUCGUGCAGCAGGUGAAAUUUCUCGAGGAAGAAAACGGAAAGGAAGUUACUGAACACCGUUGGCAUGGAGCCACGCAUUUGGUAUCAGGAGGGGAGUCUGAAUAAUGUUUAAGUUGUUUGUUUUUGUAAAGAAAUCAUUGAAAAAGUCUUGAACUUGUCACAGUUGCAUUUUUGUACAAAGGGUGUGAAAUAAAUCUUCCUUUCAGA